AUGACUCUGCUUCUCAACAGCUUUGUCCAGCAAAUGAGGGACCUUGCCACUGGUGGUGUGACGUGGAUGGCUGGCACUGAUAUAGUUCAUUCUGGGGUGUACUGCCUCAGCUGUUGUGCUGACGCUCCCGCUCGAGCAUCACUUCAGAAGUUCACCCAGCACAAUGGGUAUUACGGUUGCGGGUGGUGCCUGCACGGUGGAAAGACCGUGCAUGGAACUGUCAAGUAUCCUAUGGAUAUGAACGUCAGGGAUGAAAGAAAUGCAGAAAAUGCUAAGAAACACACGGAGAAGGCAUCUUUUCUGCACCAAGUACACAAAGGUGUAAAAGGCCCAUCUCCUCUCAUCAACCUGCCGUACUUUGAUGUAAUUUGGGGCUUCACCCCAGAUUACAUGCAUUGUGUCCUGUUGGGGGUAUCACGGCAUUUUACAGAGCUUUGGCUGUCUGCUGUGAAUCAGCCAUAUUACAUUGGCUCACCACAAGUUCUUUCAAUCAUUGAUGAGCGCUUAUGUGCAACAAAGCCCCAUCUUUGUGUGUCGCGUCUCCCUCGGUCUCUUUCAGUACGAAUGUAUUGGAAAGCAUCUGAAUGGCAGCAGUGGUUGUUGUACUUUUCAUUACCAUGCCUUGAGGGACUUUUGCCAGCACAGUUUUUUAAGCAUUUUUCACUUCUUGUACAAGGCAUUGCACUGCUGUUGCAAGGCACAGUGAGCAAAGACAACAUUACUACUAGUACAAACUGCCUUGUACGGUUUGUUGUUGACGUGCAGUUUUUAUAUGGUGAAAACCACAUGACCAACAAUGUGCACCAGCUACUGCACAUCCCGAAGAGUGUUGUCCUACAAGGUCCCCUUUGGGCACACUCUUGCUUCAGUUUUGAGUCCCACAUUGGUCACCUUAAAGAGUUAGUGAUGUCAGCCAAAGGUGUGCCUAUUCAAAUUGUUGAAAGCAACAUGAUGGCCAGCAACUAUAAGAGAUUGAGUGCACAAGCCAGUCCACAUACUUUGCAAUUGCCUAGCCACUAUAGUAACGAUGCUGUUCUUGUGAGCAAGCCACGAAGUGUGUCAGAGCCAUUGCUCAGCUUUAUUCGCAAACAUCUUUGCAACAUUAUCUGUGGCCCUGUUGUGGAGCAUGACCGAGUCAUUGUAGCCGGGAACAUGUUCCACAGUGAGCAGUACUCAAGGCCAAACAAAACAGACAGCACUGCUUUUGUGACAGGCCAAGGAAAAUGCCUCAAAAUCAAACACAUUGUUUCAUUCAAUGAUGUGAGUGGCUGUGUAAAAAUAUUUAUUGCGUCACACUGA